GCAGUCCCUGACACCGGAUAGGAAGUGUGCAAUUUGAUCUUACUGAGUUGUGAGCAGCAUUACCAUGCAACGUAGUACACUUUUGUGUUUUCUGUCGAUUGUGACAGUUGCUCUCGGUGCAUCUAUUUCUGAACAGGUUGCCCAAGGCAUUGGCAAUGCACUUCCAGCUAUUCCAGGAGUGAAUGAACCAAUUAAUGGAGUGAGAAUAUUCCCUCGUGAUGUUGAAGAUCAAAAUAAUUUUAUAAGGGACUUUAUUAAAGGAUUUCAAGACGCUAUUAGAGGCUUUAGUCGUAGUUCUAGUGAAGAAAGCAGCGAAGAAAGAGUUCCAUCUUUUUUUCCAAGCAUAAAUCGUCCACCAAGACGACCUUCAUUUGGAUUUGGUGGUAAUCGUCCAGGAUUUCCAGGAGCUCGUCCACCUCCACCACCUCCAUUUGGACCUGGCAGCCGCCCUCCUCCUCCAGUUGGACCUGGUAAUCGUCCACCUCCAGUAGGACCAGGUCAACGACCUCCUCCUCCUCCUCCAGUUGGACCUGAUAGUCGUCCACCAAGACCCAAUAAUACUACUUCAUCAAACUCAUCCAUUCCUCAACAACCUAAUCCAUCUAAUUCAUCAAUCCCUCAACAACCUAGCCCAUCAAACUCAUCAGUUCCUCAACAACCUAGCCCAUCAAACUCAUCAGUUCCUCAACAACCUAGCCCAUCAAACUCAUCAGUUCCUCAGCAACCUAGCUCAUCAAACUCAUCAGUCCCUGAACAACUUAGUCCAUCAAAUUCCUCUACACAAUCGAACUCAACUCGUUUCCCAAGAGCUUCAGCUCCUUUUAUCCCAGGGUUCCCUGCUAUUCCCGACGCUGAUCAGUUGGUUCCUCAACUACCAAACCGUGAAGGUUCCAAUGUUCAAGUGCCACCAAUCAGAGAACCAAGAGCUCUAUCAGAUUCCACAUCAAAUUUGGUAAAUGAUGCUUUAGAUGAAGCUAGAAGACGUGUAGAAAAUGCUCUUGGGAUCACUGGGAAUCUUGUCGAUGGACUCCAAACAGCUAUUCAACAAGCUUUUGACAGUCAGGAUCCUACUGGUGCCAUACGCACUAUUGUUAACACUGUCCUAAAUGCUUACCUAGAUGUCGCACUCAAUUGUCCCAUGAUUGUCGUUGGCGUUCGUGUGGUCCAGGAAGGCAUCAGGUUGGCAGGUGAAGUCGCUGCAUCAGCUCGCAAUGUUAUCUUCGGAAAUUAGAAAUUAUUAGCACCUGGGAAGCAGAUUAAUUA